AUGCAUUCUUUCCUCUACCAAGUGCAGGGCGCAACACCACAACCACACAAUGCUGAUUUUCUUCCUCCAAAAAAUGUAAACAAGCAGCUUGAUGACACUUCCCACUUUCGGUGUCAUUUCCGCAGUACCAUUCCUUUGAAGAAGAUUGUUGUUGAUGAUGACCAUCACAAAGCUUGGUCAUUGUAUGAUGCCGGACCACGCAGUGUUCGCUGCCCUCUCAUAUUCUUUCCUCCUGCCAGUGGAACUGCUGAUGUUUUCUUCAAGCAGAUUCUGGCAUUAUCAACUGUUGGAUACAGGGUCAUUGCUGUUGACUAUCCUGUCUAUUGGACUUUGAAAGAAAUAUGUGAAGGUUUCCAGAAACUUCUUGAUCAUUUACAACUCGACAAAGUCCACAUAUUUGGAGCUUCCCUUGGCGGUUUCAUUGCACAGAAAUUUGCUGAACACACAUCGCAUUCUCCUCGGGUGAUGUCACUCCUUUUAUGCAACUCCUUCAAUGACACUUCCAUAUUCCAGCAAACAAAUGCGGCACCCACAUUUUGGUUGAUGCCAGCUUUGUUUUUAAAGAAGAUGGUUAUUGGGAGUUUCCAAAAAGGCAUGGUUGACUCGAGUAUUGCUGAUUCCAUUGACUUUCUCGUUGAUAAGCUGGACAGCCUUUCUCAGAAGGUCUUAGCUUCUCGUCUCACACUCAACUGUAUGAGCAGCUACGUGGAACCACAAAAACUCAAUUCAGUUGACAUUACCAUUAUGGAUGUGUUUGAUGAAUGUGCUCUCUCCCAAAUGGUCAAGGAUGAAAUGUACAAAUGUUACCCUAAUGCUAAAAGGGCCCAUCUCAAGUCUGGAGGAAAUUUCCCUUAUCUCAGUCGAAGUGUAGAAGUCAAUGUUUUUAUACAGGUUCAUUUACAAAAAUACGAAGGCACAAAGUACAGUGCAAAAGAAGAGGUCGAUGCAUCUGACAUCAUUCAGAUUGACAAUAAAGCAACUUACCACAAUAAUCAGAAUGAAGACGACGACGACAACGACUCAAAAACAAAUGAGUGGAAUGAGCAAGAAGUUCCUGCUACAACCAACAACAACAAUAAUACUGACCAAAAUUCUGUAUCUGCAAUUACUAACAAUACCCUGAAUGAUUCUGCUACAGAAUCAUGA